GUUUUCACUGGAAGAGUCUCUGUCUUUGCCAGUUCCUUCCUGUUGUGUGCUCACUAAUUCUUAUUUUCCCCUGCCGUUGCUAAGCACGGCUCUGUCCAAAAUGAGACGUCUCAUUUUGGGGGAGGUUUUUAGUCUCGCUUUUGGGGUGUACUCGUGUGACGUGCACGGGACUGUGGGAGAGGUCUAGGUGUUUAAAUAAGCAGCCGGCACAGAUCACUCUGUAACCUGAGUGGGGCUAUAAAUACCCCUAACCUUUCCUGCCUGUGUCUGUUUGUGUGUGGUUGCUCCGAGCGCUUUACAGGGCGGCCUGGCUUGGUUAUUCUCUAGGACAAUACUCCCUGCUGUACAAGGCCUUCUUGUCCGCGACACUACACUGCUGUCAGCCUAGAACCUUCGAGCCUCCAUAAAAAUGCAUUGGAAGGAAUUCGGCAUCAGCAUUAAACAUCUUGCUGCUGCAGCUCACCCCUUCCGCUGGGCUGUUAAAAAAUGUCACGGCUAAUAACACGUUUCUCCCAGUGUCGGAGUGAGUGCCAGAUUUCUGCAGUUCCAGCAGCAGCCCCUCGUUCCAGCCCAUCCGCAGUCAGAUUCCCAUCCCCACUGCCCAUGUCAUGCCGUCCACGGCCGGACCACCGGCCUCCAAGCCCCAGCCCCAUUCCCAAGACGAUUCCCAGGCUUCUGCCGAGGCACACAGGCCGCCCUCGGGCUCCCGAACCUCCAGUGGAACCUCCAGCUCUAAGUCGUCCUCCCUCUCCAAAUCAGCCUCUUCCCCCAACCUGGACAUGGCACAAGGCGGCAUGGGGGGAGCCGACCCCGCCGGGCCCAAGACAGACUGCCUGAGCCGCUACCGCAGCCUCGUGAACGGACUAGACCAUUCGCUGUUCCCCUCUGGGGACCAGUCUUGCAUGGAUGAGGGCCAGAGGUUCGACAUGCCCACCAUGGAGCCCACAAUGAACCAAUCUGCUCUGCUAGCGGGCUACUGCCCCGACGUCCAACUCAGGCUCCAGAUGACCAGCCUGGGGGAGACUCCCGAGUGCAGCGGGGAGGCCUACAGGGUAGCCAUGGCAGCCAUGGAGCACUCGUACAAGGCUCUCCCCGAGGCCAGGCCGGGGGUCCCCGGAGCUCCAGACCCCUACAGCCAGAGGAGCAGCCAGCCCGGUGGAACUGGGGCUGGGUCAGCCGGUGUGUACCCCAGCUCUCUGUAUCUGCAGACCCAGGCUCUGUUGAGGGAGGCCAAGGCCUAUGAGCCCAUGCUGCAGGAGAGAUGCAGAGAGCUGCCCAGCUGGCAGCAGCAACAGCAGCACAAGCAGCAGCUGGAGAGUCUCCGCUUGCAAGUGGAGCAGAUGCAGAUGAUUACUGCUGGAGUGGGCCAGUACUCCGCUCUCUACUCCACCCCCUCCAUGCCACCAGAGACCAGUAAAUGGGACGCAGUGAUCAAAGCCAACGAGAGCAUUCUGAAGGAGAAGGAGCUCGUCAUAGAGAGACAGAAGCAGCAGAUGUCUCAACUGGAGCAGCGGCUGCGGGAGAGCGAGCUGCAGGUCCACGGAGCCCUGCUCGGCCGUGGUGCUCCGUACGGCGACGUGUGUCUGCUCCGACUGCAGGAGGCUCAGAGGGAGAAUGCCUUCCUGCGGGCCCAGUUUGCAGAGCGUGGUGACUGCGCCGCCCAGGAGAAGGCGGAGGCAGAGCGCCGCCUCGGUGCCGUGGAGGCGGAGACGCGGCGUCUGAACGAUACGCUGAGGGAGACCAGCGAGAGGCACGCCGAGGAGAUGAAGAAGCAGGAGGAGCGGAUACGCAGCCGGGACAAGCACAUCAACAGCCUGAAGAAGAAGUGCCAGAAGGAGGCAGAGCAGAACCGAGAGAAGCAGCAGCGCAUCGAGACUCUGGAGCGCUACCUAGCUGACCUGCCCACUAUGGAGGACUACCAGGGCCAGAGCAAACAGCUGUUGGAGGUGGAGCAGCGGGCGUCCCAGCUGCAGGGCCGGGUCCGAGAGCUGGAGGUGUGUCUGGAGGAGGCUCGCUCACACACCAGGGAGAAGGACACCCAGCUGGAGGAGCAGAGACGCAGGGAGAGGGAGCUGCUCACCACUGUCACCAGUUUACAAGAGCGGGUGCAGGAGGGCCUGGAGGACGGGGCAAGGUUACCCUCCCUGGAUGUGGAGAAACUCAGAGGGGAGAACAGCAGCCUGAGAGAGGAACAACAGAGACUGAAAAAGGUCGUGGAGAAGCAGCUGAGGAUGAUGGAGCAACUGGGCACCCAGAUCGUGACCCUGGAGGAGCAGGUGUCUCAGGAGGAGAGCAGCUCUCAUGCUCUGAGAGAGGAAGUGUGUUCUAAAGAGCAGGGGCUGCUACAGCUCCGCACAGCAAUGAAGGAGCUGUCGGCCCAGAACCAGGAACUAAUGGAGCAGAACUUGACCCUCCAUGAGCGUCUGGAGGACUCGGAGAGGGUGAACCUGGACCGGACGUCCUCCUCGCUGCGGCCUGCCGGGGCCCGCCUCACCCAGCGUCUCCACGGGGAGAUGGCCUCAUGCCUCUGCGACCUGCGCUCCCUCUGCAACGUCCUGACCCAGCGGUCACAGGGCCGAGACCCCAACCUCUCGCUGCUGCUUGGCAUUACAUCUCCCCCACCCAUGGCAGAGCAGGUGGAGGACUGGCUGAGUCCUGAGGUCCUCCAGAGGAAGUUGACUGAAGCCCAGCAGCUGCGUCGUGACGUGGAGGAGCUCCGCACCACCGUCUCAGACCGCUACGCCCAGGACAUGGGAGAGAACUGCAUUACCCAGUAGCCCCAGCUGCUAGCCUCUCUAAAACAGACUGAACCUGAGACCGACUCGUCAUUGGUCAAGCAGUAACCCCAUCAGGCUAAUGGGGUAAGGCUUCCAUAUUGGCCUUGCUUCUUCCACUCUCUCCAUUGAGUAUGAACUGGAAUCUCAUGUUGGCCCAUUGGGGAAGGAAUCCUUGACCAGGUCAUGCAUUUCAGUCAAAGGGCUUACGGUGAAAGAACUGUUCUUAAACCAGUGUGUAUUUUGUUUUUAUAAAUGUUUUACUGAUACAUUUGUGUCUUUGUGUGUCAGAGGCCCUCCCCUCUUUUUAUGACACACAUGGAUGGGGUUGUUAUCUUUUUUCAAUAAAUAACACUAUUUUAUUAUUUAAAUCUUCCCUCUGGGGAAAAUUUUUGGAUGUGGUUGACAAUCAACUGAAAAUAUUUAAAUCUGUUUGUGUGAUUCAACCGGGAAUGUUACUAACUCACCAUUAUUUAAAAUGGUACAUUUGUAGCAUUGGACUCUGGCGUGUGGGUGGCUUUUAACAGUGGUAGGGCUAAUACUGAAAAUACAUUCUGUCAGCAUUAUAACUGAGAUAUUAUUCACAGAGACAUCCGUCCCAUCUGUACAAUUGCACAGUUAAAAAAAUAAAUAAUCUGCAGGUAUUUCUCUCAGGUAGUGGGCUUGCUUUGAUGUUCAAUUGUGCCUUUCUGUGCUUUUGCUGUCGUCACCACGCAAGCCAAUAUACUACCAGGCAAAUUUUCUAGUGGCUUUCUUUCUCAACUUUAACUCUUUUGUUGUUUCAGCCAACAGAGCAUCUCCAUACAUUCCUUAAACAUUGCUUCAUGGGUUGUCCUCUAAGAAGACGAUAUGUCAUUCACAGCUAGUUAUGUGGAUAACGGUCUGUGACGAUGUGAAUUGAAGCCAUUUUACACACUCCUUAACUGUAUUUGUGGGACUGGUUGUUGUAAAGGGUCUGUUCAGUCUUGCAGAGCAACAUACUGUAAUCUAACAUGUGAGUCCCUGUGCCUACUUUGUCCUUAACAUGUCUGUACUUGCAAUUGAUAGUAUUAUUUUCUUUCCAUCCUCUAAUAGCAAGACAUGUUUGGUUUCAAAUUAAUAACUUAACUUAUGGAUGUCAGUAUUUUGUCAUUAAAAAAUGUGCGACAUGACUGGACACUAACCUUUUUUAUUUUUAUUUUUUUCAGUGUUUGAAGAGCAAAAAACAGUGAUUUAAUUUAUUGAUGAAAUGUCACAUCAAAUGCUAUCCUUCAGUUGAUGAACAUCAUGACACUAAGUGGGGACAGACAUUUGGAUGUCUAACAUUGUCUAGAUGAGACUAAUGUGAGUCCUCAUUUGAGCUUUAACAAAGUUAGACAAACUUGCCUUAUGUCAAAUGUUUUGCGAAAAUUAAAAUGUUUAUUUUAA